UUGUGGAGUGUUUGUCGAGCAUGCGGCUAUGAUAAGACUACUAGGACACACUAAGAACAGGGCAUAGACGAUAUCCCGGAGGAGUAUAAAAUCGGAAGCUUCGUCUUAGUCUCAUCAUCAGUCUUCGCUGGUUUACAAUCACAAGAAGUUCAUUGAUUGACCAUAAAACAAUAAAACGAAAAGAGCAGGUGAAAGUAGCGCACGAUGGCAAAUCAAUUCGUACUAGCUUUUGCUAUGGUAGUAGCUGUAGCGACUGUCGCUUCCGGCUUUGUCGCCCCGGCCCGACGCGCCCAAAUUGUCGGUGGCUUCCCGAUCGACAUUUCCGAGGCGCCGUACCAAAUUUCGCUCCGCGAGGGAGGCCAUCCUUCCUGCGGUGGAUCGAUCAUUUCGCCCGACUGGAUCCUAACUGCUGCCCACUGUCUGGAGGGCGUAUCCGCCGAUCAGGUGUCGAUCCGGGCCGGUUCAACGUACAAAAUGCACGGCGGUGUGCUGCGCAACGUCGCACGAGUUGUGCUCCAUCCGGCCUGGGAUCCGGUCACGAACGAAGGUGACAUUGCGCUGAUGGAGCUGGAAAGUCCGCUGCCGCUGGAUGGUGACACGAUGGCAUCGAUCGAGAUGCCCGAACAGGACGAGGAAGAUCCGGUCGAGGGUUCGAAGGCGCUGGUGUCCGGCUGGGGCAAGACGCUGAACCGGUUCCAUUCGGCGUUGAUCCUGCGCGCUACCUUCCUGCCGAUCGUUCACCGGGACAACUGUCAGAAGGCGUACCGGCGUACGCACACCAUCUCGGAGAUGAUGCUGUGUGCGGGCUUCUUCGAGGGUGGCCAUGAUUCGUGCCAGGGUGACUCCGGUGGUCCGCUGGUGGUGGACGAUGUGCUUGUUGGUGUGGUGUCGUUCGCGAUCGGUUGCGCCAGACCGGGCCUGCCCGGUGUGAAUGCGCGCGUUUCCGCCGUGCGCGAUUGGAUUCGUGAAGUGAGCAACGUUUAAAGCGGGUGAUGUCUGAUGGGAUGUUUUUGGCAUAUGUUAUAUGAAAUAUAUUUAUUUUUGGGCAAAAGCAUAA